UUUUCCUGUGCGCGGAAGCUACCGUAAAAGCCUUCACCAUAGGGCUAUCCGAGACAGCCGUGAUGGAUAUAAUGGCCUCGAACCUGCAGCAGCAACGAGCAAUUACUGAGCAGCUCCGACGUGAAGCUGCCAUCCAGCGCAUCACGGUUUCACAGGCCGUGGCGGACAUCGUGAAGUACGUGACGGAACAUCAGGCCGAAGACUGCCUGCUGGUGGGAUUCUCCAGCCAGAAGGUAAACCCGUUCCGCGAGAAGAGCUCCUGCAGUAUCCUGUAG